AACGCCGACACGUAGCCUGAAUUUGUAUCUGCUACCUCCCCACCAAAACGCGCCUGUAGCAUUUCUGAUUGACUAAACGAUACUGCACAGCACACAGCAAAUAGCCCUGGCCUGACACCCGCACCGCCAACAUGAUUAAACACACGAUGAUAUCCCGGCUGGAUGGCCUGAUAUUGACAGCCUCAGUCGAUGACGAGCAGACAGACGCCGAAUUCAAUGAGGUCAAGGGCAAGGUGAAGCUUGUCCAGCGUCGCCUGAACCGCAACUCGGAGCCACAAGCAAGCAUAGAGAGCGGCAGCUACACAUACCACUACCUAAUCGAAGGCGACCUCUGCUUCCUCUGCAUAUGCGACCGCUCCUACCCCCGCAAGCUUGCCUUCACCUACUUAUCCGAUCUCUCGCGCGAAUUCACCACCACCUACCAGCCCCAGCAAUAUCUCUCGCCCACUUGCCGCCCGUAUGCCUUCGUGGAAUUCGACACGUUCAUCCAGCGCACAAAGAAAACAUACCAAGAUUCAAGAGCAACACAAAACCUUGAUAAGCUGAAUGAUGAGUUGAAGGAUGUCACAAAGGUCAUGACUAAGAAUAUUGAAGAUCUGCUCUACCGCGGAGACAGCCUGGAGAGGAUGGGCGAUAUUUCGAGUCGGCUGCGCGAAGACAGCAGAAAGUACAAGAAGGCGGCUGUGCGUAUCAAUUGGGAGCUACUGCUCAAGCAGUAUGGACCUGUUGGUGGACUUGCCUUCAUCAUUAUUGUAUUCAUAUGGUGGAGGUUCUUUUAGAACAGUGCAUGCAGUGAGCGAUACAGUACCACAAGAUCCAUGCCCAGAGUGGAUGAACUGGGCACUCGGCGUUGGAGGCGUCCCACUGCACCAAUUUCGGGUCAUGACAAACAUGCAAUAAUACCCAAAUUCAACUUGAUUGUAUAUAUUCAAAAGAAAUAGU